AUGUCAUCGCAAAGACGUUCUAGCUUCCUCCUUGGUCUGUCUCACCAUCCACGAUGGCACCCAGAACCUUCCAGACGACAGCAGAGGCAACGAAAGCAACCCAGACAACAUUCAGAGACAACACACCACGACCCCCUAAUCGGCGCGUGCUCAACACCAGUACUGCGUUGGAACAGAUGGUUGGGAAACUGGCUGUUGGUGCCUCUGAUGAUGUUAUCCUAUCUGCCGUGUGAGGCCUGGGGCACCACCUUUAAAAUAGCCGUGGUGGGGCCUUGGACGUGUGAUCCCAUAUUCUCCAAAGCGCUUCCCGAUUUGGCUGCACGGCUUGCCACAGCACGUAUCAACAAAGACCCUUACCUCAAUAAGGGCUACUGGUAUGACUACACAUUGGUCAACGAAGACUGUCAGAGCUCCCGUGCCCUUGCACGAUUUGCCGAGCUGGAGGGCUACGGUUCUGCCUUCUUGGGGCCAGCCAAUCCCGGUUACUGCGCUUCUGCCGCUUUGCUGGGGAAGAACUGGAACAAAGGCAUCCUGUCGUGGGCGUGUCUGGAUCCCGAAAUGGACGAGGCAACAUAUCCUACGUUCCUACGGCCGCUCCCGCUCGCCUCACGCGUCCUCUUCUCUGUGCUGCGUUUUUUUCGUUGGGCGCACGUGGGCAUCAUCUCCGAAGAGGGGGACCUAUGGGAAUCGACAGGGCAUCAAUUGGCGUCAUCACUACGAGCGCUUGGCCUGCCUGUCAGCACAGUGGUUACCAUGGAGAUGGACAAGGAGGGUCCUCGUAGGGCCCUGCAGAGGAUUCGGGAGGCAGAUCGGGUUCGAGUGGUGAUCAUGUGUAUGCAUUCAGUGUUAAUUGGUGGUGACGCCCAAAAUAAAUUGCUGACCACGGCGAUGGACAUGCGAAUGAUAGACCGAGGGUACAUCUUCAUUCCGUACGACACGCUGCUCUACUCUUUACCCUAUAAAGACGUGGAGUAUCCCAUUCUGGCCAAUAACACCAAACUUCGUCGAGCAUAUGACGGAGUGUUAACUGUUACCAUAGAUUCCGGAGAGCAAAACUUCUACGAGGCCUUCAAAGCUGCGCAGGACAGUUAUGAGGUCCGGACCAGCACCCCGCCAGAGCAGGUGUCUCCAUUCUUUGGAACCAUCUAUAACAUGUUAUACUACACCGCGAUGGCAGUGGAGCAAAGCAGACAGAGCGGAGGAGGACGCUGGGUGUCGGGCGAUGCAUUAGCUCAUAACGAGGGAGGUUUUGAGUUCACUGGCUUUAACCAGCCCAUUUCUUCAGGCACUGAAGGAGAGGGGAUGCAGUGUCGCUACGUAGUCUUGGAUACUGAUGGAUCAGGAGCCAAGCUUCAUGUCACGCACGCCCUUGAAGCCCCUCACACUUUCGGCAAAUUUGGAGGGCUGAAGUACCUGGGGCGCUCUAUUCAUUUUGCAGGAGGGACACCCAGCAGUGACUCUAACUGUUGGUUCAACCCGUACAUUGCCUGCAGUGGAGGUAUGGAUGGAGUGACACUCUUCUUUUUGUUCCUCUUGUUCUGUGGAUUACUGGGAGGAGCUGGUGUUCUUUUCCUCCAUAUGAAGAGAGGAGGACGGGUGGGUAUUUUGACAAGUUUCGGAGGAGGAAUGGGAGGAAUAGGAGCUCCCACAAAGAUUAUCCUCACUCUUGACGACUUGGUCUUCAUCAACACCCAACUCAGCAAAAGGAAAUUAAAUGAUGACAGUAUUAUGAAAAGUCAGCUAGACAUAAAAACUCCUCGUCACUCAGUCUCAGGCCGAAGUUACAUCACAUCCACAGUGGACAACUCAAAUGUGGCUGUCUUUGAGGGUGACUGGGUUUGGCUGAAAAAAUGUCCCAGUGGCACUGUAGUGACAGAGAUCAAUGAGAACACCCAAGCUAUCUUUACCAAGUUGCGGGAUAUGCGGCACGAGAAUCUGAACCUGUUCCUGGGCCUGUUUAUGGACUCUGGACUCUUCGGCAUUGUGACAGAGCACUGUACCAGGGGCAGUCUGGAGGAUCUGCUCAAUAACGAGGAGAUGAGACUGGAUUGGAUGUUUAAAUCCUCCUUACUGAUGGACCUCAUCAGGGGAAUGAAGUACCUUCAUAAUCGUGGUAUUGCUCAUGGACGUCUCAAGUCCAGGAACUGUGUAGUUGAUGGUCGCUUUGUGCUGAAGGUGACAGAAUAUGGCUUCAACGAGAUUCUCAACUGUCAGAACAUCACCCUGGAUGACAGCAGACCAGAGGAUCAGCUUUGGACAGCUCCAGAAAUUCUGAGGGACCCAAGGCUUCAGAAGUUAGGUACCUAUCCGGGAGACGUCUACAGCUUUGCUAUCAUCAUGCAGGAGGUGAUCUCACGCUGCACCCCGUUCUGCAUGCUGGACAUGCCCCCUAAAGAGAUCAUUGAGAAGAUACGGAACCCCCCUCCUCUUUGUCGGCCGACGGUCUCAGUGGAUGAAGCUCCUUUGGAAGUUAUUCAAAUCAUGAAACAGGCCUGGAGUGAAGAGCCUGACAAGAGACCCACAUUUGAGGACAUCUUCAGACAGUUUAAAAAUGUCAGUAGAGGGAAGAAGACUAAUAUCAUAGACUCCAUGCUGCGUAUGUUGGAGCAGUACUCCUCCAACUUGGAGGACCUGAUCAGAGAAAGAACAGAGGAAUUGGAGGUGGAGAGACAGAAAACAGAUGCCUUGGUGGCCCAAAUGCUGCCCAAGUCUGUAGCUUUGGCUCUGAAAAAAGGGAAACCUGUGAAACCUGAGUAUUUCAACGAUGUUACGCUGUACUUCAGUGACAUCGUGGGUUUCACCACCAUCUCUGCCUUGAGUGAACCCAUUGAGGUUGUCGACCUGCUUAAUGAUCUCUACACUCUGUUUGACUCCAUCAUUGGACAGCAUGACGUCUACAAGGUGGAGACCAUUGGUGAUGCCUACAUGGUUGCAUCUGGAGUGCCUAACCGGAAUGGUAACCGCCACGCUGCAGAGAUGUCCAACAUGUCUCUCGACAUUCUCCACUGUAUUGGAACUUUUAAAAUGAGACACAUGCCCGAUGUCAAAGUCAAGAUCCGCAUUGGCCUCCAUUCUGGUCCAGUUGUUGCUGGAGUGGUGGGUUUGACAAUGCCACGAUACUGUCUGUUUGGGGACACUGUCAAUACAGCUUCCCGAAUGGAGUCCACAGGGUUGCCUUAUAGAAUCCAUGUCAACCAGAGCACAGUCGAUGUUCUAAACAGUCUGAAACUGGGAUACAAAAUUGACGUCAGGGGCAGGACAGAGCUGAAGGGUAAAGGAGUAGAGGAGACAUAUUGGUUGGUUGGAAGAGAUGGAUUCGACAAGCCACUGCCUGUACCACCUGACCUUACCCCAGGGGCGAGUAAUCAUGGUAUCAGCUUGGACGAAAUUCCAACGGACAGGAGACAGAGAUUCUUGGAUCGGCAGAAGAAGAUGGGUUAG